AUGGGAUGUGCCGCAAGUUCUGCCGUCCGCGACAUGCAGGAUUCGACCGUUUGCCAUGUGCCGGAAGCAUUUCCGACUCCACGGCAGGUCCUGCCACCAGACCAGCGAACACACGAACUUUACGUUCGCGAGCUCAAUGCUUACCUCACAUUGGUGGCAAAGCAUCCGCAGGCUUUCCAGAACAAGGUGGAGAGGCGCCUCUAUGAUCGUUUGGGCAUAUGCUCCUGGGGAAAGCCGGAAUGGCAGCGGGAGCCAAAACCAGCGGAUGAUGCGGAGUGGGUUUCUAUCGGUAUGUAG